CAAACAUACAGAUACAGCUAUUUCUUCUUCACCACCACCCAACAACAGAUCUGAGUUCUGACACACACCAGUACACCAUCACUUUCACACACUAUGCCUAAACCGUCACCGGCGUCUCCGCCACCUCCGCCGCCGCAAACCCCCCUCAAAAACCCAUUAAUCAGACUCUUCUUCAUCUUCUUCCUCUGUUAUACUGUGUAUAUUCUCGGCUCACACAGAUCCACCAUCAACACCUCCUUUACACCCACAACGAAAAACCAACAAAACUGCUUAAAUCCCAUCACCGUUUUCACGAACUUCUCCCACCAAAACACUCCGCCACCGCUCGAUUUCAAACCUCACAACACCCUCCUCCCUCCGCCACCACAAAAGUUCCAGAUUUGCCCUGCUAAUUUCACCCAUUACUGCCCUUGUCAGGAUCCACAAAGAGAAAGACUGUUUAAAGUAGAGAAAAUGUUACACCGGGAGCGACACUGUCCUGCCACCGCUGGAGAGAUUCUCCGGUGUCUUGUACCGGAACCGGUGGGGUACAAGAAGCCAUUUCCAUGGCCGAAAAGUAGAGCUCAAGCUUGGUUCAGUAAUGUGCCAUUCAAGACGCUGACGGAGUCUAAGAAACAGCAGAACUGGGUCCGAUUGGUCGGCGAUCGGCUGGUUUUUCCCGGCGGUGGAACUUCUUUCCAGAAAGGAGUGAAGGGUUAUAUCGAUCAAUUGAAGAAGAUGGUGCCAUUGGAAUCUGGAGCUAUUAGAACUGUUCUCGAUACAGGGUGUGGGGUUGCAAGCUUUGGAGAUUCGCUAAUGGAUUACAACAUUAUAACAAUGUCUAUAGCUCCAAGAGAUGUACACGAAGCUCAGGUGCAAUUUGCCCUAGAAAGAGGCCUCCCCGCUAUGCUUGGUGUCCUUGGCACCUACAGACUACCCUACCCAUCAAGAUCAUUCGACAUGGCUCAUUGCUCUCGUUGCCUCAUCCCAUGGACACAAUAUGAUGGAUUGUAUCUAAUGGAAAUUGAUCGGGUCUUAAGGCCCGGUGGUUACUGGGUGUUGUCGGGCCCGCCUAUUAACUGGCGGGCCCGCUACACCGCCUCAGACGGAACCACCAAGGACCCUAAAAAAGAGCUUAGUAGUUUGGAGGAUCUUGCUAGACGACUUUGUUGGAAAAAGAUUAAAGGAAAAGGGCCGAUUGCAGUGUGGCAAAAACCUAAUAAUCAUAUCGAAUGCAUCGAAAAGAAAAAAGAUUUGAAAUCUCCCAAGUUUUGUAACCCGGACAACAAUCCGGAUGAUGGGUGGUAUAAAAAGAUGGAUGCAUGCAUCACUCCUUUACCUCAAGUGAACCAUGUGCUUGAGAAAUGGCCUAAGAGGUUGAAUACUAUUCCGCCAAAUCAUGAUUUCGGAAUGAAAGAUUUGGUUAAUGAUAAUUUGUUAUGGAAAAAGAGAGUUUCUGAGUAUGUGAAAGUGGUUGAAUCGUUAUCGAAUGGUGUGUAUAGAAAUGUUAUGGACAUGAACGCGGGAUUUGGAGGCUUUGCAGCUUCUCUUUCUAAGUAUCCGGUUUGGGUCAUGAAUGUUGUUCCUCAUGAUUCAAAGUUGAAAACCCUCAGCAUUAUCUAUGAACGUGGCCUAAUCGGGACUUACAUGAAUUGGUGUGAACCGUUCUCGACGUAUCCUAGAUCAUACGACUUGAUACACGCGGACAACAUAUUUAGCUUGUACAUGAACAAGUGUGACAUUAUCGACAUAUUCAUUGAGAUGCAUAGAAUCCUUCGCCCUAAAGGGACAAUCAUAAUCGCGGAUCAUGUAGAUAUUGUUAUGAAGUUGAAAAGUCAUACAGAUCAAAUGAAAUGGCAGACUAAACUAUCAGAUACCGAAACUAGCCCUAGAAAGUUGUUUUUUGUUAACAUUUAAAUGCAUCAAGAAACUAUAGAGCGUU